AUGUCGGACCGUGUCACAGUCCGCAGUGCAACUGGUGAUGUUUUGGUGGAGUUGAAACUGCACGACUUGGAACCCACGGCCAGGUCACGCAGGUUAUGGCAGGAAGUUGAAAAUCAUCUCCCCCUGGGCCGGUCAGUCAGCAGCCUCCGCUUCAAGGGGGAAUUGCUGCCUUCAGCGAUCCGUUUAUGUGACCUUGAUGUACCAGCAGUGGUGGUGGCGAGAACCAAGGUCCAACGACCGCUGCGCUAUGUAACCUUGUGGAAUGGCCUGACACCAUUCCUGGUGGAGCUGCUUUGCCGUCGUAAAACUCGACGAGUUACGGUGCUUCCCCACUGGCAGAAGGAAUGCGAAGGACAUGAAAGAGAAGAAGACUGGGAAGAUGAAGAUGCCACAGAUCCACAGAAGAGGCGGCGUUUGGACAGCGACAGCGAAGAAGAGAGGGACUUGUCCGGUGGAUACGGCGCCAGGCUGCGUGAUUUUGGUACGCCGGUGCUCGACAUCGAGGUGGAGGACGUGUUCAUCGGAAGGAGCGAAUUGGAAGAUCUAACUUGGCGCAGCCUGGGAUUCGGACCUCAGCUUGAUGGCAACGCCAUGCUUUUGAAGAGGCGUGAGAAGGAAUACAUCUUCGUCGGAAAGGAUAUGUUUGGUUUCAGGACGAUGUCAGACAUUGUGAAAUUUGCAUCUCCAGUCGGCCUCAGUUCGGUGCCGUAUACAUUCGCUGUGGAUGAGCACGGUCGCCAUUACCUCUUUUUGGAGAAGGUGAUUCUGGAUAGCGUGCCCGAAUCUGAAAAAGAGAGACUGGGACCCUCCCAGCCAUACUGUCAUCUCUAUGAAGACAGCAAGUAUGACAAGUGCAAGUUUCAAUUGCGAUAUGGUCGCUUCGCGAUCACGUACAGGCUUCCGAGCAUGAUGCCUCAUCAGCACAAUCCCAAGUAUCAGAAGAUUGUGAAUGGCAAGGUGGAGGUAAUCUCGCGAGACAGUUUUGAAAGACUGUUGAGGAAGUGGUUCAAAGCACAUGGCAUCUCUCACAUGCAGUGUUGGAAGGAAGUCACCGACUGGGAGGAGAUUCGGCGGAGGGAGCGACAGCACAUGGAGGAUGCGGCCAAAGUCGCCCAGGUGAAGGAUUUCUUAGAGAGGCUGGCGGCGGCGCCGCUGCUUCGGAUGGCCGCCGGGCGGCAGGUCUCCGAGACGAAGCGGCGGCGAACAGAAACGCAAGGUCUGCCGAACGACAUCAGAUGGAUCGGAGGCUUGGGCGAGCUGGCAAACAGCUACGAUGCCUUCAUCUUCGAUCUGUGGGGCGUCGUGCACAACGGAAAGGUCGCCUUUCCUUGGGCUCUGGAGACGCUCACGAAGCUCAAGGAGCUGAGGAAGCCUGUACUUUUUUUGUCGAACUCCUCUCGCCGGCGAGAGACAAACAGUGCGGCUUUGCAGCGCCUCGGCGUCGGCUCCGAGCUUUAUGUGGACCUCAUCACCAGUGGUGAAGUAAGCUGGCAGAUUCUUGCAGGGUCUCCGGAAGCCGAUGCACUUAAAGUUCCCCCGGAAGUUCGUGACUCAAAGCGCAUUCUUACCUUCGGCAACGGCGAGGAUGACACGAAGUACUUGCAAGGCUUCUUGCCGCAGCGGGCGCUCGCUGCCGCAGAAGAGGCAGACUUGUUGUUGGCUCGGGGGUGCUUUGCCCUAUGCGAUGGUACAGAGGAACGCAGCUGCGAGAUGAAGGACUUCGAUGCGCCCCUGAAGGUGGCAGCAGCUCGACAGGUGCCCAUGCUAGUGGCGAACCCGGAUGUCGUGCGCCCAGAUGGUGUGGCGAGCCCCAUGCCCGGGAGGCUGGCUCGCCGGUACAAGGAGCUCGGUGGGCCUGAUGCUUUCUUCGUUGGCAAGCCCUAUCCGGCGGUGUUUGACCUAGCGGUGCAGAGACUGCAGGAGGCAGGUGUUCCUGCAGACGCUCGAAUAUGCAUGGUUGGUGAUUCUGCUUGGCACGAUGUGCGUGGGGCUCGCAGCUACGGUUUGGACGUUGUGCUGCUGUGCAGCGGGGUCCACAGCCAGGCCCUGGGGAUCGAUCAAGCGCCUGCCGAGCCUCGGUGUCCGUCGUCGGAGCGCUUGCAGGGCUUUCUUGGUGCGCUGACGGCCGAGGAAUCUCCAACGUACAUCACGCCAGCGCUCACCUGGGAGACACAGAAGGUGGCGACCGCCAGUGAAGUCGUGCUCUGCGGAUUGGCCUGCAUGGACCUCGCUCAGCAGCUGGAGGCUUUCCCAGAAACGGACGCGAAGGUGCGUGCCCUGCAGACGGCCUGGUGCGGCGGGGGCAACGCGGCGAACACCGCUGCGGCGCUCGCCCGCCUGGGAAGUCGUGCGCGACUCCUGACCAAGGUGGGCGACGAUGCGCUGGGAAGCUCGAUUUUGGAAGGCCUUGCUGGCCAGGGCGUCGACACCAGCGGCGCACUGAGAGCUGAGGGCCGGUCCUCCACCUUUAGCACCGUGCUGGUGGAUAAAUCUAGCGGCACGAGGACGUGCGUGAACUCACCGAUGGAGGAAGACAUGUCGAAAGCGGACAUGGCACGGCUUCUUGCCGACGAGGUGGUGUCCUUCCGGGAUACCAAGCUGAUCCACCUCGAUGGACGUCACCCAGAGGCUGCGCUUGCUUUGGCAGAUGCCGCUCUGAAAGACCGAGGAGACUCGGGGCGUCCUUUCAUCACCCUGGAUGCCGAACGACCUAGGGAAGGCCUGGAAGCCCUUCUGCAAAGAUGUGAUGGGCUUUUCUGCAGCGCCAGGUUCCCGAGCGCUUGGACCGGAAAGGCCGGCCUGCCAUCGGCGCUGGCAAGCCUUCUGAAGGAUACUGCAACCAACGCGGGCUUUGCUCUGGCCACACGCGGAGAACGGGGUGCUCUGCUUCUCGCAAGGCCUGGCGCUUUCAAGAGCUCUGGCAACGAGGAGCUCAAGAGCCUCGGCGCUCCGGUAGUUUGCUGUGCUGGCUCCUUUGAAGGCUUCCUUACCUUAGCCUGCGAUGCAUGGCCGCUUGCGGCAGACGAGGCGCCUCCUGCUGACACAACCGGCGCAGGCGAUGUUUACAUUGCAGGUUUCCUUCAUGCCUGGAUAAAUGGGCGACCUCCUGCAGUGGCUAUGGCAACCGGAGCCUGGGUGGCGACCCAGAAGCUGAAGACGCUCGGUGCCCGGCUGGGCAAGGACUUCGAUGCCUCCAAACUGCCUCUCUGA